UCCGCCGUCCGCGGUUCCACGUGGACUCUGUUAUUGACCAAAACUGAGCCAGUGACUUUGCCGCUGCGCAGUGCUGACUGAGACUGAGAGGGCGGUCUAAUGUUGUAUGAUCCACCCGCUAUGAAUCGGAAUCUAGAAGUCACAACAGAACAGCGACCGUACAAUACAUCUGUCUGUCUACACAUCUGAAAUGCCGAAGGGUAUGUUGGUGACAGGUGUCCUGUCUCUCAUACUGCUGGCCCGCCACAGUUUGUGUGCGCCGCAGGUAACUGGCUCCCAAAGGGAAGAGUCUCGUGAAACUCCGCCCCCACUAGCCAAUCCUUUUGGAUCUGGGGAGGAGAACCGCAAACUGCUGCAGAGCUACAUCAAGGGCAGCGUGAAUCAGGGCCAACCAGAGCCUGUUCUCAACACCUGGGAUCAAGAGGUGUUUUUCCUGUUCUCUCUCCACGACUACGACCGCAGCGGUCACAUGGAUGGCUUGGAAUUGAUGAAGCUCAUUUCAGACUACAACACCCACAAUGCACCAGGCACACUGUCAGCUGAUACGGUGGUGUCCAUGGUAGAUCUCCUUCUGCAGACUCGGGAUCUAAACCAGGAUGGCCUUUUGGCACCCUCUGAGCUUCUCUCCCCUCCCAUACCUCAACAGGACUCCAAUUCCCACAAUGCACCUCUCCCACAGGAACCAGAAGGGGGCCAGGAACCACAUCAGGGAGAGGUAGAACCGCAGCAGAAACAGGAAGACCAGCCAAUGGAGCAGGAAGAACUACAAAUCCCAGAGGCCCCUGCAGCAGAACUGGAGCAGGGAAACGAGGCCCAAGUGCACCUGGGACAGCCUGAGAUGUGAACAGAACCUCGUAUGAAGAGCCACAGUUUUACAACACACGCACACACUUGUACUGUACUAUAGUAACAAACUAAAGAAAUCACUCCAAAAGACCUACCUGGGACUGAGACACACCAUACUCUGACCCCUAAUAGCAAUCAGUCCAGUGUACAGGAUUACACAACACAACAUUUGUCAUCCUUUACAGUUUCUUUUAGCUUUUUUUUGUUUCCUGAUUUUUAUCAAAUGCUUUUCUUUGAAUUUCAAGGUACUUACAUAUAACUUUCUAUCACAUCUAAUGUCUCAGUGGUGUGGUCUUGAUGCUGCUGUUGACAGCUGCUCCAGGUCUACACCUUGAGAUCUCCUUAUGGGGCUGAAAAGGAAAGUGCAAGACAUUCCCAGACGAUUAUGCAAUAACCAUCUGCUGAAACCAACUAAAGAAGCCAUAGAUUAUUCUUAUGAAAUAUACGAUACGCUGAUGUCAGAACGCAGCAAAAUCAAGUUUCUCCCGAUGACCACAUCCCCUUUAAAAAAAAAAAAAAAAACACCUGCCUGAUUUUUUACAUUCAACAAGAUUAUACAAAGAAUUUCAUUUGGGGUCAAAGUACUUAGUAGUCAACUGGACACAAAGCAAGCAGUCUCAUUCUCAAAUGGAACAUCUAUACAUAAUCUAAAACAUUUAAGCAAAGGCCUAGGGCUUCUCACUGACAUACGAAUAUAGGCCCAUUAAGUCUGCGACACCAGUGUCGUUGGAAAAUUGUAAAAAGGUUUUAACAUGUCUAAAGAAUGCCUCAGAAUCUUCCUGGCUCAAACCUUUGCUUAUGCAACAGUCCAGUAUGAUGAUUCUGGCAUUGCACCCUAUAUGCACAUCCACCUACAGUCUUGGAAAUACAAGGCUUCCCUGCUAAACCUAGGAACAUAAGAAGCUAGCCAGAACACACACAACAUCAUGUAAUUUCACGUUACCCGUGUUGACUUUUCUAAGAAUCUGGAAUUAAGUGUUUUUGUUGUACAUUUCCUGAAUGAAGGUUUGUAUAUUUUUAAUAAAGCAGCUGCGCCUCUGU